AUGUCAUUGCACUCUGACACCGUUCAUGGAGAAGUUGGUGAAAAUUUUUGGUUUGAUGGACGGUGCGGUCAUACUAGUCCAUGUGAGCAACUAUGCUAUGAAAUUCAUGAUGGCAUGUAUGAAUGUGAUUGUUACGAAGGAUAUGAAUUGAAUAAAAAUGGAUACAGCUGUCAAGAAUUAAAUAAUACAUAUUUACAAGAUGGCAGCUUAAGAUCUGAAGAAGAUAUAUUAUAUCAAAAAGGUGUUUCAUUUAGCGCUAAAUUAGAGAGUAAUAGUAAUAUAAAUAAUAAUUUUAAUAGUAAUUAUAUUGAUUUAAAUAGUGAAAACUCUAAUGGUAUUGAAGAUACUGAUAAUUCAUAUGAAAAUAUUAAAAAUAAUAUUAAUUUGAGUCAACAAUUAUCACACCAAUCACAAGACUAUAAAUCAAAUAAUCAAUUUAAUGACGAUAACAUAUCAUAUAGUUCAGACGAUAGUAAAAUUAUUAAACAAAAUUCAGUUAAAGUACCUGGAACAAGUUUAACAAAUAAACAACAACAGCAAUCAUCUAUAAAAACAAAACAAAAUCCAUUGUCCCAGCAGCAUUCAAUAAUAAAAAAUUCACCACAAAAAAAAUCAAUUACAAAAUCAAUAUCAAAAACACCCGGUAGUAUAACAUCAGGAAAUAUUAAAAUAUCAUCAUCAUCAACUGGACUAAAAACAAAAUCAAAAACUAAAUUAUUUUCAAUAACAACAACAGCAACAACAUCAGCCACAACUACAACAACAACAAGUGCACCAUCAAUACCAUCAAUAUCGAUUAUUGAUUUAAAUAAUUUACAAUAUAGUGAUAGCAAUGAUUAUUAUUCAAAACAAGAUAUGUCAAUUUACGAUGACGUUAAUAAUAAUAAACUAAAUUUAAGACAAUUUAAUUCAGAUACAUAUCAAAAUGAAUUACUACAAAAACAAAAUACUGUGAUGCAACAACAAGAACAACAACAGCAAAAUUCACAAACAUCAACAUUAAAAUAUAAUUCUGAAUCAAAAAUUAUGUCAAAUGAUGAUUAUCAUAAUAAUAUUAAUAAUAAAGAUAAUAAUAUUGAUGAUGAUAACAUUAACAAUGAUGAUAAUGGUGAUGACGAUGAUGAUAAUGAUGGUGAUGAUAAUGAUGAUGAUACUUUUAGUGAUAAAGAUUCUGAAGUUUCAAAAAUUCUUUACAAAAAUAAUGACAAUAAUUAUAAUAGCAUUGCUAAAGGCAGUAAUACUUAUACAUCAACAAUUGCCUCUUACGUUCCUCCAGUUACUUUCAAUGAUGAUGAUAGUAUCGUCAGUAAUAAUGAAAUGAACAGUAACAAAAAUUCUAUACAAAGAAAUAGUAAUAUUUCUGUUAUUAAUGAUGAAAGUGUUAUAAAAGAAAAGUUUUCUAAAAAUAUCGACAUUGUAAGCAGUAGCAGAAAUAGUAUUAGUAAUAGUGUUAGUAGCAUCAGUAAUAGUAUUAGUAAUAGCGAGUCGUUAUCAUUAACACCAGAUGAAACAAAUGCUGCUGACAUAAAUUUACAACAAAGAAAUUCAGUUCCAGUUUCUUCAUCAAUAUCAACUUUAAAAGAUAUAAAUUCAACAGAAUCCUUAAGGGUUUCUUGGCGAUCCUGUAAUUUAGAUUGUGGAUCAGAAGGUUUAUGUGAUUUCAUGGAAAAUGAUGCUGAAGACAAUCAAAAGCAAAUGCGGUGUUUAUGUCCUUUUGGAAAAACUGGAAAUGGAUGUACUCAAGAUUUAAACGUAACAGUGCCAAGAUUCACACACAAAUCAUGGCUAGCAUUUCCAGCACUUAGAGGAGCUUAUAAACAUGUGCAGCUACGUGUUGAAUUUCAUCCGGAAUCAUUUGAUGGUAUCAUAUUAUUGACAGGUGAACGAGAUGACCUUACUGGUGAUUUUAUGGCAUUACUUAUUCAUCAGGGAUAUAUUGAAUUUUGGUUUGACUGUGGGUCUGGAGUUGGUAGUGUACGUUCAAAAGAGAUUGUUGAAUUGAAUCAAUGGAACACCGUUAUAAUUUAUCGUCAUCGUUGGGAUGCCUGGCUGAUGCUUAAUCACGGUCAACGUGUUCAGGGGCGUUCAAAGGGCCUAUUCUCAAGGAUAACAUUCCGUGAGCCUGUAUUUUUAGGCGGAACUGGUAAUAUUACCGGUUUGUCAAAACGUUUACCAGUACAAAAUGGUAUGAUUGGUUGUAUCCGUCGUUUUAUUGCAAAUGAACACGAAUAUAAAUUUACUGAAUAUCCAGUGGGCGAUGUAACAAAAGGAUUUGAUAUACAGGAUUGUACAACAGACAAAUGCGUAAAAUAUCCCUGUCAACAUGGUGGUGAAUGUUUACCUACCGAUGAUGGUGCUGUCUGUCUAUGUCCAAUUGGUUUUAGUGGUGAUCUAUGUGAAAUGCGACUAGACUUGCAGGUACCAUCAUUCAAUGGGACUUCAUAUUUACGUUAUGCGCCACUUGGUGAUUCAGCUUUGAUUUGGUUAGAAUUACAGAUUAUAAUAAAACCACAUCAUACAGAUGGCGUUAUACUUUAUAGCGGACACGAUGAACAUGGUGAUUAUAUUGCUCUCUCUUUAAAUAAUGGCUAUGUUGAAUUUACAUUUGAUUUGGGUAGUGGACCAGCAAUUGUCAGAAGUGAUUACCCUUUGGUUAUGGAAGAAUGGCAUACUAUUAGAAUUUCUAGGACAGCUCGCUUGGCAGUUCUGAAGGUCAAUCAAUUUUCUGAAGUGAUGACUGUUUCAUCUAAUGGUUUUUGGCAUUUAUCAUUACCACAUAGUUUAUACCUUGGUGGAAUUCAUAGUUUACAUCAUGUACCAUCUGGAUUAAAAGAACGAGGUUCAUUCAUUGGUUGCAUACAAAAGGUUGAAAUUAAUGGACGAAGUCUUUCAAUAAUAUCUGAAGCUAUAGCUGGUAGUGAUGUUGAAAAUUGUCCACAUGCAUGUAUCGCAAAUCCAUGCGGACCAUUAGCUGAAUGUUUGCCACUACUCGAAAGCUACGAAUGUCGUUGUAAUCCAUUCAAUGCACAAUGCAAUAAAGCUGAAGAAGUUGCCUUAAAAGAAAAUAUAAAUGAAUCUCAUUUUCGAAAUACUCAAUUAUUGAUUUCAAAUCCGAAUAUUGAGAAAAUAAAAAUUAAAAAAAAUCAAUAUGAAAAAGAUUUGGAAUAUAAUUAUGAUGAUGAUGAAGAUGACGAUGAUGAUUACGACGAAAGUGAAAUUCAACAACAACCAUACAUGAAUUUUGUUAAAAUUACAAAUAAUGUUACAAAACAACCGACUAAACAAAUAACUUCAAUUAGCAGAAGUAGAGAAUCAGCUUCUGGUUUGAAAAAUGCAAAUUCUACAAUAACAGUAAUUGAUAGUAUGAUUAAUUCAAAUGUUAAAAUAGAUGGUAAUGGUAUUGUAAUAAUUACAGAAAAAUCAAGUUUACAUAAAGAUAAUACAAACCAUUCAGACUUACGUAAUAAAAUCCAAAGUCCACAAAUUUCGGAUAUUUAUUAUUAUUAUUAUGAUAAGGAUGAUGAUCAAAGUGGCACUAAUUAUAAAAAUAAUGACGAUGAUGACAAUGGUGAUGAAAAUACCGAUGGUACUAAUAUAAUUGACAAUAAAAAUAACUUUAAGAUUAAUGAAAUGGAAAAAACUACAGUUACAACUACAGAAAAAUUAACAUCAUUUGAGCCAGAAACAAUUAUUAAACCUGACUAUGAACAUUCUACAACAUCUAUAAUUAACCACAAUUACAAUAAAAUAAAAUCGUAUCGUAUAUUGAAACCUAUCAAUAAAAUUCAUAAACAUCAUAAUCAUCAUAAUAAUCAACAUCAUCAUUCAUAUAAUCAUAAUCAGAAUAAAUACUACAACAACAAUUAUAGAAAUUAUCAGGAAAAUAAUCAUCAUCAAACAAAUGAUAAUCAACAUCAUCCAAAAGUUAAUCUAUAUAAGAAAAUGUUAUUUAAUAUAGAAGUCGAUAAAAAUAAUUCAGAUUCAAAAUUGAAAGGAUAUAAAAAGGAUAAUAAUUUGUUAUAUAAAAUUGAUCAAUAUAUUACACUUGAAAAAGAUGACCAAAUAGAUCAAGACUACGAGAAUUUUUACAAUAGUAAUAAUAAUCAUAACAACAAUGAUAAUAACAAUAGUAAUGAUAAUAAAAAUCAAAAUAAUAAAAUUAUAAAAAAGAAAAAUAAUAUGGAAAGCGGAUUAAAACCAUCAUCACAGUUACAAUCACCAUCAUCAUUAUUAUUGUCAUCAUCGUCGUCAUCGUCGUCUGAAGACAAUGAAAAUAGCGAUUUUCAAUUAUCUUCAGAAACCAAUAAAAAUAUUAUAAAAGAAUCUAAUCAAAUGGGUGAAUUUAUUUUACUAUCUGAAGAGAAAACUUCAAAAGAAAGUAAUAAAAAUAACAAAAAUAAUAAUAAUAAUGAAAGUAAUAAUAACAAUGAUAAUAAUAAUGACAACAAUAAUAACUAUAGAAAAAGAAAACAUAAAAAGUUUUCAAAAAAGAGAUAUAAAAUCUCAAAUAAUAAUAAUAAUAAUAAUGAAAAACUUAAAAUGGCUAUCAAUUCAAAUCUUAAUAAAAAUGAACAAGAAACGGUAAAGGAUAAAAUUACCUACGAAAAUGAUUUCAUCAAUCAUUUCAUUGAUUCUAAUAACAAUAAUAAUAACAACAAUAAGAACAAGGAAGGUGAUAUUGAUAGUAAUAUUAGUUAUUGGCAACAGGAUGACAAUAAUUCUGAAAAUAUACCAUCUUUUACAAAUAAAAAUGUCGAUAACAGCAAUACCAAUAAUAAUGACUAUUCGGAGCCGAUCACAACUGUGAAAAUUUUCAAUAAUAAACGAAAAAAAUUCACAAAUCAUAAAAAAGGCAAAAACAAUGUUAAUUUUCAUCAUAAUAUCCAUCAUAAAAACCGAGCACCUCAAAUAAAUCAAGCAAAUAUAUUUGAGUUUGAUAUACCAAGUGAUAUUCAAAUUUCUAGUACAACAACUGUACAAAAUUCCAAUGAAAAUGAACUUAUUAAAAAUUCCAAUAAUAACAACAACAACAACAGCAACAUAAAAAAUAUUUACGAUAACAAAAGUACCAUUAAAACUUUUAAUACAUUCAAUGUACAAACCAGCAGUAUACCUGAUACAUCAAAUAUCAAUAUAAAUAAUAAUGUUCGAGAUAAAUCAACCUCAUCUGCUUUUCUUGUCGAUGAAAAAGAUUUUCAAACAAAAGAAUUAAUAAAAGAUAUGGAACGUAUUAUGAAAAAUGCAGAUGGUUACGAUUAUGAUCCACUAAAGGAUUCAUUAACCUCAGAACAAAAUCAACAGAAUCAACAACAACAUAAAGAACAACAAUUGCAACACCAGCAACAAUCUAUUGAACCAUCUAAUUCAUACAAUGUUAACACAAAAACUCAACUAACUAAAAAUAUUGGUAAUCAUAUUACUGAUUUAAAUAGCAAUAUUGAUAUAAAUAAUGAACAUAAACCAGCAACUAGUAAUAUUAAUAAUGGUAAUGGUAUUAGAUCAAAUCAUAGAAAAAUACAACAACAUGGUGCAUGUUUUACUGGAACCGAUAGCUAUUUUCAUUAUAAUGAUGCUGAAACUAUGAGUCAAAUAAUUAGUUAUAAUGUUGAUUUAAAUUUACGUUUUAAAACUCAUUCAAAUAAUGGUAUCAUUUUAUGGACGGGCAGACAGAGCGCCAGAGAAAAAGAUGAUUAUCUAUCUUUGGGUAUUGAAAAUGGAUAUUUACACCUCAGAUAUAAUUUGGGUUCUGGUGAAACAAAUAUACAAUUUAAUACAAGUAAAGUGAGUGAUGGUCUUUGGCAUCGUGUUAGAGCGAUGAGGAAUUCACAAGAAGGAUUCUUAGAAGUAGACGGUAGAAAAUCAAUACCCCAAAGAUCGCCCGGAAAGCUUAGGCAAUUAAAUACUGAUACUGGACUUUAUGUUGGUGGAAUGCCUGAUGUAUCAUUUUAUACAAGAAGACGUUAUUAUACUGGAAUUGUUGGCUGUAUAUCAGAAAUUGUAUUAGCUGGCGAAUUGAAAUUAAACUUAGAUCCUGCUACCUUAGGUACAGCACGUAAUGUUGAGACUGGAAUUCUUUGAAAAUUUUUUGCUGAUGGAAAUUAUUCUUGACAUUAGUACAAUAUAAUAAAAUGUAAAAAAUAAUUUUUUAAUUUAUUAAUUUUUUUUUUUCCUUUUUUCUAAUUUUUACGACUUUUUAAAUUAUUGAUUAAUUAAAAACUAUUUUCUUUUAAAUAAUGAUAAAUAAAUGAUUAGUUUUUUUUAAAUUUUAAAUAUUUGUAGAAUAAAUAAUAUUAUAUAAAUUUAUAAAAGAAAAAAGAAAAUAUAUAAGAAAAUUUAAAAG